AUGAAGCGUCCGUUAAGUCCUGACCACGUCUUUGAAGAUGGGAUUAUGAAUCAUCCAGCUGUUCUGUGGGGCUUUGAAGAAAAAGGACUGAGGAAUGACAGGCAGGACUAUCAAUUAAGCAAAGAAAAAAAGAAGAUACUGUUUUCCUUUUGUGAAGUGUGCAAUAUACAGCUGAACUCUGCAGCACAAGCCCAAGUUCAUUACAAUGGGAAGUCUCACCUGAAAAGAGUGAAGCAGCUAAAUAAUGGAAAACUCCCUACAAGUACCACAGCUGGCACUUUGUUUGCAAGUACAAGCACAGGCACUGCUACACUUCCCACCCUCGUGCGCACACCCACUUUGAUGAUGCAGCCUUCCCUGGAUAUCAAACCUUUUAUGUCCUUCCCUGUGGACAGCAGCUCUGCUGUUGGAUUCUUCCCAAAUUUUAACACAAUGGAUCCUGUGCAAAAAGCAGUCAUAAACCACACAUUUGGAGUGUCCAUUCCCCCAAAGAAGAAACAAGUAAUUUCCUGUAAUGUCUGUCAGCUUCGCUUUAACUCUGAUAGCCAGGCCGAGGCCCACUACAAAGGAAGUAAACAUGCCAAGAAGGUCAAAGCACUAGAGGCAACGAAAAAUAAACCCAAAGUUGGUUCUUCCAAGGACAGCGCAAAGACUAACACAAGCUGCUCCACCACGCCAGUCACAGCCAACAUCUCUGACAAAUCAGAAGAUAAAGGGAAAGCAAAACCCAAUAGUGCAAGUCAGCAGUCCAGUACAGAAGUGGGUUCUUUUCUUCCCAAACCUGGAGUGGCAGCAGUGGCACCUGUAACAACUGCCUCAUCCUCUAAGAGCACCAAUGGAGCUCCUAACACAGUUUCUGAGUCAGAAGAGGAAAAAGCCAAAAAAUUACUUUACUGUUCAUUAUGCAAAGUGGCUGUGAAUUCUCUGUCACAACUAGAAGCCCAUAACACAGGCUCCAAGCACAAGACCAUGGUCGAGGCUCGGAAUGGUGCUGGUCCCAUCAAGUCUUACCCUAGACCUGGAUCCCGGCUGAAGGUGCAGAAUGGCAGUAAAGGCUCAGGAUUGCAGAACAAGACAUUUCAUUGUGAAAUCUGUGAUGUCCAUGUUAAUUCAGAAAUUCAACUGAAACAGCACAUUUCCAGCCGAAGGCAUAAGGACAGAGUUGCAGGAAAGCCUAUGAAACCUAAAUAUAGUCCUUACAACAAACUGCAGCGCAGCCCAAGUAUUUUAGCAGCAAAACUUGCAUUCCAGAAAGACAUGAUUAAGCCUCUGGCACCUGCUUUCCUUUCAUCUCCUCUUGCUGCGGCUGCAGCUGUGUCGUCGGCUCUGUCCCUCCCUCCCCGUCCCUCUGCCUCCCUGUUCCAGGCACCUGCAAUCCCACCAGCUCUCCUCAGGCCAGGCCAUGGCCCCAUCCGGGCAACACCUGCCUCCAUACUUUUUGCACCAUACUAA